UUGUCGCCGGGUGUCGCAUAGGAGCAGAAAAACGCCGCGCGAAUAAAUUACCGCUCGCUGAAAUCGAAAUAUAUACAAACAUUUAUAUUUCGUCGUCGUGUUUUACUCAUUCGCGGUCGUUCUCGACCGAAAACCGCGUUCCAAAAACAAUGAACCUCGUCUGCUGCAAAUUGUAAUAUUAUCGCUUUGCGGGUAACACGAUGGCAUAUAAAUACACGCACAAAAAUCGUCAACGAUCGUAAUCGAAAUUUCGCAUGAGAAUGUGAUCGAAAUGUUGAGCGAUAUCAGCCGCGACGUCUGAUAGGAAUUAAAAAAAAAAAUUUCAAAAUCGGACGCCUCGAAAAAAAAAAAAUAAUAAUAAAAAUAAAAAUAACGCGCCUGCCGUGGCGAUCCUUAUCACGCAUCGCGUCACAUAUUUCGCACGAGACCUGGCUCGUAAUCACGACUUUCUCUCAUGUAUAAAUUAUAGGUACACAAGUACCUACAAACAAUUUUAUCAAAUAAUCGCACAGCGUGAUUUUUAUCAUUUAUCAAUCGUUCGCUGCUGUACAAAAAUAUACCUACCUAGCGCACACGCAUAACAUAAUACGUCCUAAUAUUAUUAUCGUUAUUUUACGGGGUCGCGUUUCAUACAUGUUCGUGCGAAGACGACGACGAUGGCGACGGUCCGAUGUCGCAUAACUGUAAUCGGCCACCGCUGCGGGUGGACUACAAAAUACCCUUCGCCGCCGUAGCGCGAUCGCCGUAUGACGUAGCCGCGGCCGCCGCCAUGAAGUUGGACGGCAACAUGAACGUGAUGUCGCGGAGCAACACGUGGCCCGUUGUGGUGGUCCACCUGGAACACGACGGCGGCGCGCACGAGACCGACGACGGGCCGUGCACCGCCGUCACGGACGACGUGACCGGCCUGUUCGGCGUCGGCGGCGGCCGCGGCGUCGGCGGCCGCGUUAACGGCGUCGGCGGCGGCGACACCGCGGCCGACACGGCGGCUGGGGCUGGGUGA